AUGCUUGUGGCGAAAGUAGACCAGAACGAAGUACACCAACUCGUAGACGCUUUUAAAUCUGAAGGCUCAUUCGAUAAACUGAGGCGAAAAAUUUUCGCCACAAUUGCUGCUACUGAUCGUUACCAAAAAGUGGCAUUAAAUGCUGAGGAUAUUGUUGACGAUUUACUAAAGAGGUCUGCACCAGAUCUUACAAAAAAUAAAGCACUCGAUAUACUCAGGAAGAAGCUUUUUGCUCUUUACAGUACGCAGUAUGGCAUUAUGAUCACUGAGGGAUUGGAUGCCGGUGAAACAUUAUGUAGUUUACUAGAAGAGAUCGGUCAUUAUGUUGAUUCGUUUCUUGGACUAACAAAAAAGGAACUGCUUGAAAAUGUUCAGUCGCAGCAGCCUGUCGAAGAUCAUGAAGUUUGUGAUAUGGAAAUAGAUUCGGAUUCCGAGCAAAGCCCUCAAAUGAGUUCAACCAAGGAGACUCCUUUAUCUGAUAUAGCUCUUCCACCAACUACUUGUCCAAAUUCAAAUUCCUUUAUAAUGUCAUCUUCUCCUGCAGCGCUUACUAAGAUGCCAUCCGUUUCGAGCACCAGUAACUCAUACAGAAACUGUAAUUCUAUAGCCAACAUCACUUACGCUGAAUCGACAAAUGAGAUAAUAACUGCUAGAUCGAAAUCACUGCUCAGACAUUCUGCAAGUGGAGAUAUUGAAGCUUCAUUUACCUCAUACCAAGCACAAAAAAUCGUUACGAAAAAAUUUUACUCGAACUCGAGCGAAGCAAUGGCAUCCAAGCGUUACAUGGCAUCGGCUGUGCAGUAUCGUAGAAGGCGUCGGCGCAAAGCUUGUAACGGAGAUUUUGUAUACUAUUGA